ACUGACUUGAUUAGCAACUAAAGUCAGAGCCUAGCCCUAGAUACACAGUAGAUGACAGAGAGAAAGGUCGGGAUGUGGUGGUGGAGGAAUCGGGGCAGGUUUCCCUAAGCCAUGCCAGUCCAGAGCCACAAGAUGAGUGCUGAGAGCUAGGAAUGGAGCAGAGGGUGCCAGUCACGAACCUGAUCACUUCCUGAGGAGUUGUGGCUAACCCUCUAGGUCUCAAGAAGUGCCACUUGGCUAUUUUAGUAAGAAUGUGGGCAAGAGAGCAGUAAAGAUGACAUCUUUCAUUUUAGACUAGAAGAUAGAGUGGGCUGGAGUGUCCUCAGUUCUACAAGCCACUGGAACAGCUGUAAGCUCAGGAGGAUUGUAAUUUGUUCCUUGUAUUCCCUCACUUAGAGGCAGCAAGGACGAAGGGGCUCCAGAGAGGCCGCCCACUUCAGGGAUUAGUGCUAGAGAACGGCAGAAACCUGGCCUUGCUGGAUUCCAUCAGUUCAUGCAGGACUGAGCCCGGGAGUCCUGGCCCUGGGUUCUCAACACACAUGGAUGGAGCCCUGUGCUAUUUCUGCCCUGACCCAGGGAGAUAGAUUGUCAGUUUUCGGCCCAUCUUCUGACUCCUCCCUCUUGGCAUCUGGUAGAUCCAAGCAGCUGUUCAAGGAACUGGAAGCCAAGCACAACAGGUGCUCGGAGGUCACCAUGAUCAGCUCAGACCCCAAGUCCUCCCCUGGCUCGGCUCGCUGGGCCGAGAGCUAUGAGGCCAAGUGUGAACGACGUCAGGAGACCCGAGAAAGCCGCCGCUGCCGCCGCAAUGAGACCACUUGCCGCCAGCCAGGGAAGCUGCUGAGGACCCAGCACAGGGAGCAGCUUCAGAGAGCUCGGCAGCUCCAGUUCUUCAGAAGGAGAAACCUGGAAGAGGAGAAGAAAGGCCAGGCCAGGGAGCCAGGGCCCUCCAGCAAGACAGAUGGAGGGACAGGCCAGGUGACUGUCCUCAAGGAGUCCUUGCCUGGGGACUACAAGACCUCCUUCCCUGGACAGCAGGUAACAGGGACGAGCUCUGCAGUUUCCCCAAGCCUGCAUCAUUCCUCCUCAAGCAUCCAGAGAGAUUUGGAUGGCCUCCAUUCCUCACACGUGACAGCCUUUCCACCACAGGACUCUGCCAGCAAGAAGCCACUCAGACAGCACCGGGGUACUCAGACAAAGGCAGAAGAGGCACGGCCAACAACAGUAAAGAACGAUGCCAGUCAGCAAACCAACUGUGGAGUUGCAGUCCUAGACAAGGACAUCAUCCAGCUCUCCGAGUACCUCAAAGAAGCCCUACAAAGGGAGCUGAUCCUCAAACAGAAAAUGGUGAUUCUCCAGGACCUGCUUCCUGCUCUGACUCGGGCCUCUGACAGCUCUUGGAAGGGGCAGCUCAAUGAAGACAAACUGAAGGGCAAACUAAGGUCCCUAGAAAACCAGCUCUACACCUGUAUGCAGAAAUACACUCCCUGGGGGAUGAAGAAGGCGCUCCUGGAGAUGGAAGACCAGAGGAGCAGUUAUGAGCAGAAGGCUAAGGAGUCGCUCCAGAAAGUGCUGGAGGAGAAAAUGAGCGCAGAACAGCAACUGCAGAGUGCACAGCUGUCCCUGGCUUUGGCAGAGCAGAAGUGUGAAGAGUGGAAGAGUCAGUACGAGGCUCUCAAGGAGGACUGGAGGACCCUAGGGGACCAGCACAGGGAGCUGGAGAGCCAACUGCAUGUGCUUCAGUCCAAACUACAGGGAGCAGAGAGCAGAGACUCACAGAUGAACCAGGCCCUGCGACGUUUAGAAAAUGAGCACCAGGAACUACAGGCCAAGAUGGAGCGCCUGCAAGGGGACAGAGAGCAGCAGAGCUCUGACACCCAGGACCUACAAGAUCAGCUAAAGAGGUCAGAGGAGGAGAGACAGGUCCUGGUGAGCAGAGUACAGCAGCUGCAGAGUCUGCUUCAGAAACAGUCCUUACACCAUCACGAACAGGAGAAACUCUUAAAGAAAGAUCAGGCUUUACCUGUGUGGAAUCCAAAGCGCUCCCUUGAUGAAGGAAAACCGGAGAGUACAGGGGAGGAGAAAGACUGGGAACUCAGAGACCAGCUACAAAAGGAGACAUCUCAACUCCAGGCCAAGGAAAAUGAGCGGCAAUGUGGCCAAUGGCUCCCGGUGCUGAUGGUGGUGAUUGCUACGGCACUGGCAGUGUUCCUGGCAAACAAAGACAGCCUGGUGAUCUGAGUAACUUCUGGCAUCUUUCUGGGGUAAAGUUCAGAAGGAAACAACUCCAUAAAAAACUUGAGUUUGGGUACCUUACAACUUGGGUUCUCCCUCCAAGAAAAUCCAGAUUCCUAGUUUUAAUUUUUUUCAUCACACUGUAAAUAAACUUUAUCUCACAAGACUA